AAAAAAGAAAAUAAGACAAUGACAGUAGUGUCCCCUAACAAUUUCUCCUAGCAACAAGUACAGGUCGAAAAUGGCGGCAAAUCAGACAGGCCACAGAAUUGAUGUGUUGGCUAAACCCAGACAACUUCAUCCACUGUACAGAGAAAAUAGACGAUCGGUCUAUUGGGUGGACAAGGAGCCGCUAAAGCCUGGCCCAGAUGGAACUACAGCAGUUGAUGCCUCACCAAGAGUCCUGGAGUUGUCUCGCCAUAAGACUGCAGAUGGAUGGCAUCCUGACAGACCUUCUGCCUCCUGGCCAGUUUCUGAGACUGCCAAAUCUGCUUCGGCAUCGCCAAGAAUCAUACAGCUGAGUGGGCACAAGAAUCCACAUCGUAACUAUCUGUUUGACCGAAGUCCUGAGUGGGACAUUCCCAGGUCAGCUCUCUCAUCCAGUUCUGGCCCCAGACUUGAUAGGCUGGCAACGCCGAAGAACCGGGCAGAUUCUAAUUCCUACUAUGACCCUUACUGGGGUUACAGGCUGCCAAUAGAAGCCAACAUCCUAAAAGCAAGUUGCUCACCCAGAGUGGAGGCUCUGAGUGCUUUCAAGGACUAUCAUAAAAAUUUUACUCCAGCAAGGCCAGUUCAGUGGACUGUGUCCAGGGAGGCCUUGCAGGCCAUAGCCUCUAUCAGACUUCAGCAACUGUCUCGUCCACCAUCUCGUGCACUGACCAAGGAUGAUUUCGACCCUUACAGAAUUCCUUCUGGGGCUCUGAGAGCCCAGUCCACCCCACGGCUUGAUGAGCUGGCAUUGCCCAUCCCACGCAAAGUGCGAGCCAAAAGAAUAGUUUGACUUUUUAAUUUGCCAAAAGUAUUGGAACAAAUUAUUUUUAUAAUUGUUCAGUUAUGUUCAUAUUUAAACAAUCUUUUUGGACUUAGUGAACUAAUUUUAGUGAAUUAAUUUUAGUGAACUAAUUCUAAAAACUUUUCCUUGUAGCAAAGAAAUUUUCUUUGAAUGUGUUUACUCCCAUGAAUUUCUAGCCUGCUUUUCUUUGUUGCUUUUACCAAUCCUAUUGUGCUUAUAUUUCUGUGUGCCAGGUGUUCUUGAGUCUUCCUUGUCCUCACAAGACUGCUGUAUUACUAGCAAGUGCCUGCAACUUCUUUUUGUUUUUCAUAUUUCAAUGACAUGUUAGAAUAACUUUGCUUUUACUGACGGAGUUUUUCUUUCUCUUAAACAAGUUAACGUUGAUUGACUACAUUAGUUUUGUUCUGAAGCGACUAACUUCCACUGACUAUGCUAGUCCUUCUAUAAUCUGAUUUUAUUUUAACUGACUUUUGUAAGAGUAUGAUGCUAGUAGAUUAAAGAUAUUUUUAGUUUAACUGUUUUUGUAUCGCUCGUAUUUCAUGCUAUUGAAUGCUCAGUGUGCUUGGUCCAACCUUUUUUUGUGGACAUGUGGAGUAUCUGAAAGGUUUCAUGCUGUUUUUAGAUGCUAACAGAACUUGAGCCUAGAUGAUAUGUAGCCUAACAGUCGGUGCCACAACGUGUGUGUAGAACAGAAAUUGAUGUCAUGACUGUCAGGAAAGGUAUUGUUUGUCAGGAAGCUAGAAAUAUAAAUUUGGCUCUGCCGAGACUUUGAGAACUUUUGCUACCUGUUGAGAGUAAACCUUCGUCAUUGUAUAAAGCUGUGUCUUGACUAUUCUUUAAUGUUUCGUUGUCGAGAGGCUGUGAACCUGUAGUGAUAUCAGAUCACAAAAUAAUGUGUUUUCUUUCUUCACGGCUCUACUUUCACUGACUAUAUUAGUCGUGCUAGACCGAAAUCUUUUGUGUUUAAAGAUGCAUCUAUGACUAGCUGUAUGAAUACAUUUGAUGCAUGACAAUUUUAAAUUUUUUUCCUUUUCAAUGUUUACCUUAAAAGUUUACUUAUACAUUUGUCUUUUCCCAAAAUAUUUUUUUCCGCUAAUAAAUAAACAAUAGAAUGUGAGAUAGCAAGAUUUUUAAAAAAUUGAAGAUUUUAUUUCUUAGAAUAAUUGUUUCAUUUGUACAUUAGAGAAAUAAUGUCUGUAAUAAAGUAUGGCAUGCUUUUACUGCAGGUCAUAUGUGUAGAAGUCAAAUCAAUUUUUGAUAUUACAUCAGUUUAUUUCUUUCCUAUUUUAAAAAUGCUGUUUUUUACAAAAGUUAUUUUAAAUUUGUUUCUUGAUCCACAAUAUUGAAGCAACAAUGCACUUUUUGUUCAAACUUUUUGGCUUUUGCUAUGAAUUUUGUUUUAUUUUUUUGGCACAUUUUUGUAUAUAGUUGCAAUGAGCUUUCUGUUAAAAUUUCUGAAGUAUUAUGAGUUCGUGUCAUUACAACAACAGUAUUACAUGUUUUUCUGUAUAUCAUUAUAUGGGUUUUAAAUUUGGUUGUGUCACAUUUUAAAAAACUAUAUCCAUGUCAUUAAUGUUUGUAAACAAAAACGUAUUUCUCAAUACUGUCCUGUAUUUAAUAGAAUUUUUUUUUUAUACAGAUUAAAAAAAUUUUUUUAGAUUAAAGUAAGACGGCGUUCCAUUCAAUGAAAUUGGUCGCUAAGAUCUGUAUGCUGCCAAAUAGUGCUUAUCUAACUUUUUUUGAAAAGUUAAUUUUUUCUGUGUAAACAUUUUUGACAACAAAAAACACUUUUAGGAACUACUUACCAAAUAUAAAAUUUACUUGUACAAUAUUUUGUUAGACUACCUUUUGUUCUCAUUUAACUGUCUUGUAUAAAAGUGUAUUGCUAUAAAGAGAAUCUUUUACUUUAUAUAUAUAUAUAUAUAUAUAUACAGUCGAAUCCAGUUAAUUGGUCCACUGGUUAAUCAGACCAACUUCUUAUUGGAACCCAAUCCUAAAGUACCUAAACUUAACACAUAGUAUCAUUCAAUCCAGUUAACUUGACCAGCUGCUUGUUAGGACCAAAGCUAUUGCUUCCCAAUGUGGUCUUAUUUACAAAUAUUUAACUGUACAAUCUGUGAUCUUAAGUUAUGCACUGUUGUGAUAUUUAUUGCCUACAUGUAAGCUAUUUUGGAAUAAUAUAAAUUUUACUACCUUUUUUUGCUAGAGAAGGACACAACCUUUGUAACUCCAAUUUUAGAGAGUUAAUUAUUGUUUGAUGAAAUUUUUAUAUAGAUUUCUCUUUUUUUUUUGUUCAUUUUUCAAAGCAGUUGUUUGGAUGUAUUAAAAGAAGAAAAUCACAAAACAGCAGUUUAAAAUCUACUUUUCACAGCCGAGCACAUUGUUUCACCAAGUACAAACCUGUUGUGAAUGUGGUUUUGUAAACUUUUUAAAAGUUGCAUAAUCUGAUUUUCAUUUUUUUUACUAUUAAAAAGAAAAUUGCUUUUUUGUUAACCAUUAACUCUAAAAGUUAGGACUCUUUUCACCUAUUUAUAUGUUAGCUCUAUACUCAAUUCUUGUUAAGACUUAAACAACUAUUAAUAAUAUUCAAGGGCCAUGGUUACAUAUCUGUAUUAUACUUUCAGUAUUACUAUUGUACUUUAAAUUUUUUUUUACUCCAGACUAUAGUCUACUUAUAAUUUAUUAUCAGUAUUAUUUAUAUUUAUUAUAUAUAUCAAUAUUUAAUUACUGUUUAUAUUUUCUUCACUAACCAUAAUGGGACCCAAAUUGAGAUUAUAUUUAGCAGGGACUAACAUCUCUUAACAACAUUGGGGGAAUUUUGUGCUGAUUUACCUUCAUGAUUUUCUCCUAUGAUAUAUAAUGAUACUGGUCCUUUCGGAGGGUUGGACAUUGACGAAGCUUAUUUCUAUUUAUUAGAACCAUAAAGUGUGAAGAAAAUCGAAAGCAAAAGUCAAAUCUAGUAUAUCUUGUGUACAUAGUACCAUUUUUAUUAAUAGUUUUAAGAAUUAUAUUUAUGAUAAUACAAUGUACUCUAGAACAAACUAAACAUUUCAUAACAUUAACUAAUUGAAUGCCUUUUCACUUUUAUAAUUUUGAAAAUUGUUUUAUGAAUUCGAGAUAUUUUCUCAAUUUCAUAAACACUUCGUAAGCUAGCAUCCCUAUUGCUCUUCUGUAUUCUAUAAGCUGUGAUAUAUUGAAUCCAUGUCAUAAUUGUAUAGACCUAUAGCAAAAUGAUUAUCUUUUUUUUUUCUUUCAAAUAACAACAUCAAUAAGUCAGAGAAGAUUUUUUUUUUAUUGGAUUAAAAUGAGAACUGAUUUUGAAUUAAGUGGUAACAUCUGUAAUUUAUAAUCAUUGGUUUUCUUGGCUGAUGCCAUGCUCUAGGGAAGAAGGAGCACUUGUAUGAAUUUUUGCUAGCACAUGGAAUGAGAAAUGUGCCUUUAAGUGGGAAACGUGGUCGACAGGCUAAGUGCGCUUGAACUUGGCUUGGCUACCUAGAAGGGGGCUCGAGGUUCGACACCCGACUCGGGCAGAGUUGUGUUUACUGAGCACCUAAAGGCAGCAUGGAAAACCAACUCCUAGAUACCCCCCCCCCCCCCCCCCCCACUGGUCCACAAAUGAGAUUGGACCAAAGCGUUAUGAGCAUGCUAUAAGCAUGAAAGUAGCGCUAUAUAAAAGCUAUAAAUAUAUAUCUUCAAGUCAUUUAUUGAAAGUCAGAUAAAAAUAGAUUAAGACGUUCUCUUUACCAGAAGUGGGUGGUGAUAUCUGUAUGCAAUCUUUAUUGAAGAAAAUUAAAUACAAUUACAUGUGUUCCAAUUUCAAAAAAAGGUUUAAGAAAGUUGGAACGGUCUAAAUUUAGUUUAUUUAUUGUCAACCUUCACAAUAUCUUACAAAGUAUAAUUAUCAAACUUUCUUAAACUGGUUGAGCACAUUCUGCUUAAGUUCAAUGCCAAAUGUUCUUUAAAUGCAUAGUAGCGAGACCAUUAUUUGUUAUAGAAGACCUCAACACUGACCUGCAACAUCACAACUUGUGGGCAGUUUAAACCAAUACUUCAUUGCCACGUUGUACAGUGUUGAGGCCUUCUAAAAUAAUAAGUAUCCAUAAUACGGGGUUAAUAUUGGUGGCAAAAAAAAAAUCAAGCCAAAUGAAAAUGUUUUCAUUUAAAUCUAUCAAUUUUGAACAGUCUAUUUUUUUACAGUUUGUCUUGUUGUUGUUUUAACAUGCUCUGCACUUUUUUUUUUUUGCUGGAUACUUUCUAGUGAUCACACCGUGUGCUGCCUUUGAUCUGCUGUGCAAUGAUUGAAUUAAAAUAAUUAAUGUCAACCAAA